AUGGGCCUUGAAUUGAACACUAUCCGCGUUUAUCAGUUGGCUGUUGAUCUCUUGAAUCCCUCCCACGCUCAUGAGCAAAAGACCCACAAGUUGAAGAGACUCGUGCAGUCUCCCAACUCUUACUUCAUGGACGUCAAGUGCCCUGGAUGUGUCCAGAUCACUACUGUCUUCUCGCAUGCUCAAACCGUUGUCAUGUGCUCGAGCUGCGCCAACGUUCUCGCUCAACCCACUGGAGGUAUCACUCGUUUGACUGAGGGCUGCUCUUUCCGCCGCAAGCAGGCUUAA